CGACCCUCGACUCUCCUGGGAUUUUUGGAAUAUGACAACGCACAAGCCGGCUGGGCAGAUGCCAACGAUGCCAACAAUGCCAUCAUGCAACUCCGGGACAACUGUCUAGAGCUGGGCGUCUCCUUCCGGUCUAAUCAAGCAGGAACGGUGGUUGGAUUCAACACAGAUGCUUGUUCUCGUAUCCAGAAUGUUCAGACACUUGCUAACACGACGAUAGAAGCGGAUCAUUUGGUGCUCGCCACUGGCGCUUGGAGCUCAGGAUUGGUUCCUAUGUGUGAUUCGACGCUAUCGACGGCGCAAGUUUUGAGCUACGUCCGCCUGACCGAGUCCGAGAUGGGGAAAUACAAGGAACAACCCAUU